UUUUUUAUUUUAACAGAUUUUUGGCAAAUUUUUCAUUUUUAAAUAAAUUUCCUUGUAAAAUCUAUUGUAAAAAGGAAGCAAGUGGUUUAAAACUCCUCUUUCUAGUUUCUCAUUGAUUUCACCAUUUGCUCAAACCAAGGGAAGUGUUUAAAUAGAGGCAAAACGAGCUUCUUGAAAGCAGCCAUGAGAUCAAGAGCCUCCUAAGUAUUCUUGAAGUAAUUCAAAGAUGCCUACUUGUUAUAAUCCUGGUGUGCACAGUUUAUAUUUAAAGUUUAUUAAAAUAAGUAAGAAAUUAUCACAAGUAUUUUUGAUAUCCAAAAUAAAAAGCAUCUUACAACAAAGUUAUCACAUUUACUUUCUAAUUUUAGGUGAGGUUUAAUUCAAAUAUAAAUCAUUCCAUCUUAGUAUUGACAAGAGGGAGACUAAACCUCUUAAUUUCCUUUAAAAUGUGAGCUUAAACUUAUACCUAAAAAUAGGAUUCUUUCCAAAUAAGAGUUUAAUUACCUUAGUCUAUAUUCUAACAUUUGGCUGGUUAUGAACAGAUUUAUUAUUUUAGGGAUAUUGGUAGCACCAUUAUCGAGAUAAGCAUUCUCUCAGAGCACCAGCUGAUGUUAGUAUUUUAACAUGCAGAAAGUUACCUUGUGUAACA